AUGCAUUCGGCAACGACUGUGCGUCCCAAAGGAACUUCUCAACAGGAUCUUUUUCUCCACGAUCAGAUUGAUAAAAACACGAAUAUGGGGAACAGUGGUAGUGCCGAGCACGAACCGAACGGUGAAUAUGCCAAAGACGUGUCUGAUCAACAACUUGGACCUUUUUCACUCCAAUCUUCACCGCAGUCGGCCACUGAGACUAACAAAAAGAUGUUGAACACCUCUCAGGCCCGUGCGGCGUCCUACAGGGAAAUGUCUAGUGAUCCUGGACGUGCCGGUAGUGCAGGUAUGGGCAGCACUUCCCAUCUCGGAAUAGGGAUGUCGAAACAUCGUGUGUAUUCACUUAAAGUUAGCGGUGCUAACUUCCAUGAUGUGUUUCUGGACAAACAACGGAUACUGAUGAAUAAGCUCAAGUACGAAUUUGUUAAUAAUUAG